GGGCGGCGGGAGUCCCCAUGCCGCGGGGCAGGGCGGCCGCCUCCGCGGGCAGCCGCGAUGAUCCCUUACUUCUCCGACAACGCCGUGAUCUCUCAGGGCACCAUCGCCCAGCUCAUCAGCGAAAGCUUCCUGACGGUGAAAGGUGCAGCUCUCUUCCUGCCGCGGGGAAAUGGGUCGUCUACUCCCAGGAUCAGUCACAGGCGCAACAAGCACGCAGGGGAUCUCCAGCAGCACCUGCAGGCCAUGUUCAUACUGCUCCGCCCAGAAGACAACAUCAGACUGGCUGUAAGACUGGAAAGUACCUACCAGAACCGCACGAGAUACAUGGUGGUGGUGUCCACCAACGGCAGACAAGACACCGAAGAGAGCAUUGUCCUAGGAAUGGAUUUCUCUUCCAAUGACAGUAGCACUUGUACAAUGGGCUUGGUGCUGCCGCUGUGGAGUGACACCUUGAUCCACCUGGACGGGGAUGGAGGGUUCAGCGUAUCAACAGAUAACAGGGUUCAUAUAUUCAAGCCAGUGUCUGUACAGGCAAUGUGGUCUGCUCUGCAGAGUUUACAUAAGGCUUGUGAGGUGGCACGGAGCAACAAUUACUACCCAGGGAGCCUUUUCCUCACGUGGGUCAGUUACUAUGAGAGCCAUAUCAACUCUGACCAGUCGUCGGUCAAUGAGUGGAAUGCCAUGCAAGAUGUCCAGUCCCACCGGCCCGACUCGCCCGCCCUCUUCACAGAUGUCCCAACUGAGCGGGAACGCACGGAACGGCUAAUUAAGACCAAGUUAAGGGAGAUCAUGAUGCAGAAAGAUUUGGAGAACAUCACGUCAAAAGAGAUACGCACGGAGCUGGAGAUGCAGAUGGUGUGUAACCUACGGGAGUUCAAAGAGUUCAUUGACAAUGAAAUGAUAGUGAUCCUUGGGCAGAUGGACAGCCCCACGCAGAUAUUUGAUCAUGUCUUUUUGGGCUCCGAAUGGAAUGCCUCCAAUUUGGAAGACUUGCAGAACAGAGGGGUGCGGUAUAUCUUGAAUGUGACUCGAGAAAUAGAUAACUUCUUCCCUGGGCUCUUUGAGUACCAUAACAUUCGGGUAUACGAUGAAGAAGCAACAGAUCUUCUGGCUUAUUGGAAUGACACCUACAAAUUCAUCUCCAAGGCAAAGAAAAACGGUUCAAAGUGCCUGGUGCACUGCAAGAUGGGAGUGAGCCGCUCGGCCUCCACGGUGAUCGCCUACGCCAUGAAGGAGUAUGGCUGGAACCUGGACAGGGCUUACGACUACGUGAAGGAACGACGCACGGUCACCAAGCCCAACCCCAGCUUCAUGCGGCAGCUGGAGGAAUACCAAGGGAUCCUGCUGGCCAGCAAACAGCGGCAUAACAAGCUGUGGCGCUCGCACUCGGACAGUGACCUCUCGGACCAUCACGAGCCCAUCUGCAAGUCUGGGCUGGAGCUGAACAAGAAGGAGAUCACCACCUCGGCCGACCAGAUCUCAGAGGCGAAGACCAACGACAACCAGCAGCCGAUGUCCCCCAUCUACUCCGCUGAGCUAGAGAGGGAGCAGCAGCUCCCAGAGGAUGCAAACGUGAUCGAGGAGAUGUGCGUGAAGGAGAGGAGGAUCCACCUAGAGUUUACGUCUCGAGACUUCCACGCUGAGCAGAUGGAGGACAAGCUGAACCUGAACAAUCUCAACGGCUGUACGGCAGGAUGUUGCGUAGACUCUGUCCCCCCUGAUAACUGCCGUGCUUCUGAGGCCUUAAUGCAACUCCAGCACCCCCUGGAAAUAACAGAGUUUCCUGAUUUGACGGUGGACGAUCUGGAAAAAGAUGCCCUUAAGCCUGAUAUGAACGUGCACUUGGUUCCCAUGGAAGAGUUCACUUCGUGCUUAAAAGACUUUCCCCAGUCCCCAAACCAAAAUUCCCCGAGUCUCCAACAGAACCCCCAGCCCGAAGUGACAGACCUCAGCACGGACAGGAUUGAUUUCUUCAGUGCUUUGGAGAAAUUUGUGGAGCUUUCCCAGGAGAGCCGGUCACGCACCUGCUCCCAUUCCAGGACGGAGGAGCCAGGGAGUGGAAGGAAUGGGGUCUCCAGGGUGGCCGUGCUGGAAGUGCCGCCUGCUGCCGACGGUGGUGCAGAUGCUCAAAGAAGCAGUUCUGGAAACUCUCCUCAGGCAUCGGAUGACUCUUCCACAGAUGAAGAGCAACAAAAGGAGGUCCCCGAGAUGCCCGGCACGGGCCAUCUGACGAGAUCCCACUCGGAAAAUGCCAUUUCUGUGAAGGAAAUUAUCACGGAGAUAGAGUCAAUCAACCAAGCAGCAGGACCUGCCCAGCAGAAAGAGGGUUCAGCCAACCUCACCCAGACACCAAAGAGGAACACGGUGCAUGACCUGCCAGUGGAGGCCAUUUGGGCAUUGGAAAAGGUGGAACAGAGCGAAGGAGCCUCUGCUGGACACCAGGAAAAGGAAAAGGACCCUCUGCAAGCUGAGCAAGAAGCUGCCCCCUCCCUGCAGCCAUCUUCUGGUAAAUCAGACCCAGAGGAAAGCAUCCCUGGGGUGGAGCAGCAAGAGCCUCGUGGUUCCAUCAACCCUGAACCCAAGUGGUGUCCUGGCUCUGUCCGACGAGCCACCCUGGAGUUCGAGGAGCGCUUGAGGCAGGAGCAGGAGCACCAACACGUCUCCCCGGUCUGCGUCUUACCCACCCGCAAGAACUCCAGGAAUGACUCUCCCGCCACUGAGCUCCUGCCGCGGGGGAAGAGCGAGGAGCCACCCCUGGAGCUGGCUCUGGAGGGUGACAAGGCACAAGGUCCAGGUGCUGAGGAGCUGCUGCUGCCUCCUGGGGCAGAGCUGCCUGUGGGCAAACACCUUCCUGCACCCACGGUCCCACCAGCGCUGGAGUCCCUGCCUGCAGAGCCCAGCCCGGGGCAGGAGGGACCGGCACAGGAACGCAGGACAGUGGUCUCUUUUGAUGGGACGGAGGAGCCAUCCCUGCCCUCUCUCCUCCCAAAGAGAAUUGAAAUCAUCGAAUACACUCCCAUGGUCAAGGCUGCGGAGCGCCCCGAUGCAAGCUGUGAGCAGGGCGGGCUGGCCACAGCCAUCCCCUCUUUAGAUGAAAACUUGAACCCUUCCUUGUGCUCGGAGAAGGCACCAGCCUGUCCCAGAGCCCCCACGCUGGUCGGUCUCUCGCUGCCGGAGCACGCGGUACGCAAGCAGGACACCUUCACUGGGGGCAGCCAGGAAGGUGGUGGGUUAUCUCUUCACCUCGGUGCUGCUUCCCCCUCUCCACAGGUGACCUCUACACCUUCAGCCAGCCUCGAUCGUUCUUCUCCCCCCUACGUCAUUCACCUGGAAGGUGUCACCGAGCAGAGCACGGGUACAGACGACGAGCCGGUCACGCCGGGUGGCAUCAAGGGAGAUGCCACUCUCCCAUUCAGGGACAGACCCCAGCCCCUCUGCACCUCGAGGCAGCUGAGUGGUGAGGACUUCACCAGCCAACAUGUGGAAAGCAUGGACCUCCUGGACAUCUCCUUUGUGUGUUACAGCCUCCCCCACAGCUCCAGCAGCCACAGCGUGGAGGAGCGCAGCAACAGCCCGGGGUUGGUCAAGCAGCGAGCGAAGGAAAUAGAGGCUCGGAUCCGGCACGCGGGGCUCACCACACCUUCCCACAUGAAACGCUCGGCCUCCUUGGCCAAACUGGACUGCCUGGACCUCUCCAAGGACGACUUAUCCGUGAGGGAGUCGGCCUCUUCCGAUGCCAACCCGGUGCUUCUCACCUGCGUCGCCCUCGGUCAAGGCUUUCGCGGAGGGAGGUCGGAGAAGGGUUCGGAAAGCACUUGUGGAAAACAUCACCUUUCCUCCCCGGAGCCCACCAGGCAUUUUGUGGAACAGCUCAGAACAGCCGAGUGCAUUGCCCAGAGCAAGCCGGUGGAGAGGCCGCUCGCUCAAUACGCCAAAGAGUGCGGCUCCAGCCAGCAGAGUUUGUUUUCCAGCGCGGAUCCCAGGUGGACUAGCUCCGAGGAGGGUCCUCCGCUGCUCCAGGUGCAGCUCCUGGACUCCUUGUCUCCAGCUCAAGGUCUGGCUGUCACACCCCGGCAGCAGCACGGGAGAACUCACCCUCUGAGGAGGCUCAAAAAGACCAAUGAUAAAAAGCGGACAACCAAUCCCCUCUACAAUACUAUGUGAUCCUGAGCCCUGGGCUGUGAUUUCUUACCGAGAACCCGUGGCGUUGCGUUCACGCAAGGGGCAGGUGUAAUAUAAGGAACAUGCACUUUAUUGGUUAAUUUUAUAUAUAUUGUCAUUUUACUGUUCCUGGCGCAUGUAGGUGUGGGUUGGUUCUUCUGUGUGUGACUCUGACUGCAGGACUGUUUGGGUUUUUUUACGUUUUUUAACUCAGAUAACCUCAAAUGUUCUCUUUUUUUUUUUUUUUUUUUUUUUUUUGUUAGUUUGUUUUAAAAGAACACCUUUAUCAUGCGAAAAAUUGAUGCUGGCUUGCUUUGGCAAGGUGGAGUUUUGCUUAGAACCAGAUCUUAGUUCCUAACUUGAAUUUUCCCCAUGCCUCGAAAUGGUGCUGGGCAGUUGUUGGGGUGAGAGCCCCCCAUAAAUGUGAAGGCUGUGCCAAGGUCCCUUUCUUUGGCCUUUCUUUUAUGUCUGCAAACUGGAACUCCAUGAUGCUGGCAGAUCCCUUGCAAAGCUGCUUCAGGACAGACCCCCUGGGCUCGGUUUGGUUGGUCCAUCCCCAAAAGGAGCACAUGGGGUGAAUCCUCCUGAGGGAUGGGCUCGGAAAACCCUUGGCCUGGCACUGAGAUGAGAUCUCACCUCCCGGUGUGGGUCACACAGAGCCCCCCAUUUGGGGUGAGGUGGAGCCAGAGCUCUUCUACUGGGCCAACCUUGCCUCUCCUCGGCUGCCCUGGCCCAGCGGGUGAGAGGAGGAGACCCCCCCCACCCAAAACCAUAGUGUUCUUUUAAAACAAACGCCUCGUUUAGGGUUUUAACCCUCCCAUUACUUGAAUACUGCUGUGGGCCUUCCAAGUUCAUGGCCAUAUCAUCUGUCCUCUGCCCUCCUGCUGCCUCCCCCCACCCCAGCCCGAAAGCUGUUGGUGUCUCGUGCUGCCUGGGUUUCCCUCUCCCCCCACCCCAACGCUCGCAGGCACUUCUGGUCUCUCCCCAACCUGGAGGCUCUUGUCAUUGUUACACGACAUUGCCCCUACCGAAUGCAAAGCUUUGUCCUCUCUGCUCUCACUCCUAACACUCGACCUGGAGGGAAGAUCUUUUCUGGAAGUUUUUUCUUUUUUUUUUUUUUUUUUUUUUGUUUUUUGUUUUGUUUCGGUUUUUUUUUUUUAAAAAAAGGGCAAGACUGCAUUCUGUAAACUGGAAAACAAAACCACCUUACUCCAACUCAAUGCUGUUCGUUGUGAUCUGCACAGAAAUGAGAGUGGGUUUGACGUUGUCAGCUGUCUUCCCUUUCCAAAAGUCAGCCUGGAUGCCAGCCUUUGCCAAACGUGUCCCUUCUCCUCUGGUCCUGUGUCAACCCCCAUUACCCCACUGCGGGAGGACGACUGUGUGUCUGCCCAUCUCCCUCCCUCUUGAAGCUGGGUUUCAGAAGUGCCAGUGGGACACGGAAAGCCACCAGCCGCUCCGAGCCAUUCUGCAGGUUCUCGCUUCCCUGGAGAACCUGCCUUUUGAAGGGUCUGCUCCAAAUUUUAGUGAAUUAUUUUACGGUUCUCGGGCUCGAUCCAAGCUCCUUAUUUCCAGGCCUGUGUAUCAGCAAGUUGUACGUGUGCUGUGGGGGCAGAGAGAGAGGCUCUGGGUUCUGUCUGCAGCCCCGUGGCAGGUCUGUGGCAGAAGCAGCGUGUCUGAGCUGGUGUUUUGGGCUCUGGCCCAGACCUGCCCUCCGGGGAGGAGCGAAGCAGAGAGAAGAUGCAGAAUGGCUCCAGCUGCUGAAAGCCCAGCAUGGAAGAGGACGCGGUGUGGGAGGAGCAGCAGACGAGGCCGUGCCUAGAAAGCAGCCCUGAUGCUGCAGAGCUUUGCAGCUUCCAACGGGACAAGCUCAUCUUGAGCUGGAGAGGAGCACACAGCACUAGAGUGCUAUGGAGUAUUUGGGAAGCAGCGUGUCUGCCCUGGGGUCGGGGUGUCUGUAGCCCCCCAGCUUGCCCACGACCAUCAGCAGGUGAUAUCUUAGCAGUUUGCAAGGUUAGUCCCACCUUGCUGCCCUCCUGUAGCUCCCAGGGAUCCUCCUGCCCUGCAGCCCGGGCACGGGGCCGUGAGCGUGUCUGUCCUUCUCCAGAAGGAACGUGUGCUUCAUCCCUCCCCAGGAGCUUCAGCUCUGCUGGGGGGGUUGUCACCUGUGCUAGCCACAGGCUGGAGCACAGCCCAAAGUAGCCCAACAGAGUCCUGUCCUGGGACAAAUGGCACGUCAUCCCAGGCCAUUUCGGUCGCCAGAAGUCACCCAAGUGCCUGGCCCGGGAGGCCAGAUACUUCUUUGGGACGCUGAGAGACAUGUGGCUUCUCCCAGUCAGCUCCAGCUGGCUUGGGAGCUGGGCAGAGAGAGUCUGGAAAGGCCAAGUGGCUCAUGUCAUCUUGUGAAGGACAAUUUCAGUCCUUGCCUCCCCCGCAAACCUCACCAGAGCCUGCUGCCCACCAUUAUUCCUGACUCAAGGACAUAUCUGCCUGGCGACGGGGUGCCACCAAGCCUGCCCUGCGUUGGAGGGAGCAUGCUUGGCUGGUAACGUGUCCUGGUGACAAGGAUCUGCUUGGGAGGGGAAAGCCCUGUGUAUAAUUUGUUCCCUUGAGAAGGGAGGAGGAGGAGGAAAGAGGAUUUGGUUUCUUUGCCCAGCUUGAUCUCAGGAGAAAUGCUCUAUAGGAAGGUUCUUCCACGCAGACUAGAAACGCUGCUUCCUUCCAAUACUCUGCUGCUGGCUGGGUGCUCCAGCUGGGGAGAGCAGCGAAGGGACAAGGGCCCUCGCAGGGAGGUGCUUUGUUGUCCCCUUGUCCCCUAGCCCAGCACAACUCUGUUUUUUCUCUGGGAAGCCUGUGGACAGGCGGAGGGAGACAAGGAGGGUGGUUCUCUUGCAGAGUUAUGAAGGCCUGGAGGUCUGGAGGCUCUGACCUGGAUGGUAGGAAGGGGAACGGGCUGGAGGGACGUGUGGCAUGUGGCUCUCGGGGAGCCCUGGCUCCUCUUUGGCCAGUGUCUGGGCAAUGAAGGCACCAAGCCCCUGGCAUCAGAGCUCUCUGCCUGGAGAUGGUUGUCCCUUCUCCAUGCUGGUGGCUCAUGGGUGGGUGGUGGCUCGCUCCUGGUUCUGGUGGGUGCCCCCCGAGAGCUUCAUGUGACCUGCUGGGGUGGGAGCAGCACCCCCAGGCUGCUCAGCAGCCGACAAGCCUCGCUUGGCAGAGGGGUUUUAGGAGAAACGUGUUGUUUUAAGGGCAUUUUUUGUACAAAGCAACUGUUCUUUUGGUCUCUUGCAAAGCCCUCGUGGAGGACGCUUUAUUGUUUACAUUGACUCCUGUACAAUAUCUCAGCCAUCGCCUCCCCCCUUGCCCUCCCCCCCACCCCCUCGGGCUGUACUGUAACGUGUGAGCCUUGCACAAACGGAUAGCGUGUGCGUGAAACUGGUUUUUACACUGCGUUCUGUUGCACUCGAUGGUGUGUGUGUGUGUGCGUGUGUGCGUGUGCGUCCGGUCUGCUUGAGAAGUUGUGACAUGUACAAAUCUCUCCCCUGUCGGCCUUUUCCCCCCGGGGGGGCACGGUCCCAAGGGGGGUGGCAGGAGGGUCAGGAGGUGACGCCGCUUCACGUGGAUGUGAAAUGGGGCAGGGAUUAGCUCCGUGCCCCUCUGCCAGCAAAGGCCUGGUGGAAGGUGUCCCACCCCAGCUCUGGCUGCUGCUGGGGACCUCCUGGGAGGAGCGACCCACUGGGAAUGGGCAUGGGCACCGGGGCACUGCAUCUGCCCGUGGGCUCCGAGACCCCCUGCAGCCUUCCCAGUACCCACCGCAGGUCCCUGCUCCCCUCCUGGUGUGUCCUGCCUUAACCUGGUCCUAGCUCCAUGCAAACCCCCACACUUCUCCCAGGGGAACCCCCCCGACCCGAGCCCUCGGUGGUGUGGGGCAGAGGCAGGCGCUGGAGGGGUCCGGGCUGGGCAGAGGGCUCUCGGUUGCCCUGUGGCAGUGCUGCCAGCCCGCCCGCACUGCAGACAUCUCUGUUGGCACGGAAGAAGGUGCCAGUGCCUUUUCUUUUUCCUUAUGGAGAUGUGAUGGCCGUGUGCUGGUUGGUAGGGACUGUCACCCCGGGGACGGCUGGUGGUGGAGUCACAAACCGGGCAGGGGAGAGCUUCUGUCUGCCCCUCCUGCAUCUUCCUUGGUGGCUGGGAUCGCCCCCUUUCCUCCCCUAAAGACUUUAUGACCGAUGUGCUCAGCUGUUUUUAAAUGUGAACUUGUGCACUGAUGUGCAGAUUCAAUGUUCUUGUUACCGGAUGAAUAAAGUUUUAUUUUGAAGAUGA